AUGAACCGUGCAACGGCUUCCCCACCCACCGAAGCCGCAUCGGUCGUCCCCCGAGCUUGCAAUGCAUGUCGAGCUCGCAAGAUAGGAUGCAAUCGCGAAUCUCCCUGUGCCAAUUGCGUCAGAGCAAAGAUCGAAUGUAUCUACAAUGAAAUACGACCCAGGGAGAAGAGGGCUCGCAUUCUUUUGAGCCACCAAUAUGAGCAAAAGAUCGACCACCUUGACAGUCGCCUGGAUGAGAUCCUAGAUCUUCUGCGACAACUCAAAACUCAGCAACCCACAACUGGCCGCCCAAUCCCCGAGAUCCAGCUCCGUGCACCAUCGCCAGCCAAUGUAACCGCUCCAAGAACACAACCCGCAGCUCUCUCAAUACCAGUCACACCAUCGCCAGCCGCAACAAGCCCAGACUCAUCAACCGCCACCACGCAUGUCAGGUCCAGUCAUGCUCAUGCAAACACCACACCGCCCAUGGUUGAGGGCAACUCAUCGCUUACCGCACAGACAGAGUUCGCCAGUGAAUUCCUGAAAACUGCCGUCCAUGACCGGGACUCGCAACCAGAAAUGCGCGAGCGCCUCGAUGCCCUUCGUGUCCUCGUCGAGGCCAUGAAAAAACAACCAGCGGCGGAUGAGAUGCGGUAUCCACAUGCUGCACCCGUCAAGACGCUAUCCUUGAAAGAUUGCAAGUUGCCCCCUAUUCAGAUUGUUGUUGAGGUUCUCCGGAUGACACAGUCCUUUAAGGUUAUGUGUCUGGCCUGGGUGUACGAGCUAAUACCUCUCACGGGGUUCCUUGAGGCAUAUGUGAGAGAGGACAACGAUUUGAUCACCCUCAUCAAUGUCAAUGUUGGUCUCCACUUCCUAUUUUGGGCGUGCGCACAAGUGGACCAAGAAAAGAAAGACGAAUAUCUUGGUUACGCGCAGACCUGUGGUAGUACCAUCGAAACAGCUUUGGCACAUCUGCCGCUGCAUCUUCCCGCCAACGAUGACACUAUCUCUGCGCUCCUGUCGGGAUCAUUUUAUGCCGUGGAGAUAUCCAAGCCCUCCCUAGCCUGGAUUCUGACUUCCAAGGCAUCAGAACUGUGCCAGACACUGGGCUAUCACCGAGCCAACGACGGCUAUGUCCUGUUCAAGUCUGGAGGGGCUGCAAAUGAUAUUGAUCGAUACAAGCGGCACUUGUUGUUUUGGUCCGUCUACAUUGUCGACAAGAGCCUGUCUCUCCGGCUUGGACGGUCCUCCAGUAUCCAAGACUACGACAUUUCCCUCCCAUAUCCUUCCACAAAUAAUCCCGGCAAUUCCGGCAUCACAGGAUUUUUUUUACUAUGGGUUCUCCUAGCAAAGUUACAGGGCCAGGUGUACGAGUUGCUCUAUUGCCCAGAGGCCGUCAUUGCGCCAGAAAGUGUCAAGAGAGAAAGGGUUAAGACUCUGCUGGGUCGUUUGGAAGAAUUCGAGGCCAAGACGGCAGAGGUGAUUCACCAAUGGAGUUCGUAUUGCCGCGAACAUGCCGGCGAUGACUUGACUGAUUUCUUUCUUGUGUCCGAUCACGUACUGCGGCUUAGUCUCCUCACAAUGGUGCAUCGCGCCGUUCCCAAUCCACCAGGAUCACCCACCACUUUCUCCACAGAGUGUAUAAACGUGGCACGCCAAACGCUAGGACGACACCAAGAGUGUAUGGAGUUAAUCAAGUCCACAAACUACGGGUUGUUCAGCACUUAUAUGCACUGGACGAUCCUAAUGGCCCCCUUCGUUCCGUUCAUUGUCCUUUUCUGUCAGGUAAUCGAAACAAAAGAUAAGGAUGAUCUUGCCAGACUGCAAGCCUUUGCCACGUCGUUACAGUAUGAGUCUUCCGUCACUGAGGCCGUGGAAAGACUCCGUCGUUUAUUUCAGGUGCUCGUCAGCGUGGCAUCCCAUCAUGUUCAAUCUCCUCCUACCAGCCAGAUCGGACAACGUACAGAUUUAAGACCCGACCUACCGAAAGAUACACACCAGGCCCAUCAGGCAGCGUUCGAAGUUGACGCUUAUCUCGGAACAUUAGGGUUUUCCCAACAAACUGUCUCAGAUCAGUGGCCCGAGAGCACAACUGGUCAAGGACAAGAGAAUGGCCGAGAAGGAGGAGAGUUUCCCGAGGGACAUCGAAUGGCUAACCCCAUGAUGUGGAUGUGGAAUGAGAUGCAGCUGGAGGAUUGGUUCUACAAUAAUGAUCAGAUAGAAGCGUUGGAAUCUCUGUAUAAUUAA